AUGUUUCCACGAACCUGGCGACUCAAAAGACGCGUUUCGGGUGAAGAUAAACUGGAGGCCGUUAAGAGAGUAAAAGAGGGCGAAUCUAAAGCGUCCGUGGGACGUGACACCGGUACGCCGGAAUCUACUUUACGUGGAUGGUUAAAAGCUGAGGAAAAAAUUCGCGCACAAGUUUUGUCGCGAUCAACUUCAAUCGUCCAACACUUCAAAGGUAUGAUGGAAAUGUCUUCCGCGAAGAAGACCGGCGAGGAACACGAGUCCGGCCCGGCUCAGAAGAGGGCAAAAUCAGAGAACGGUUCCGUUGCCACGAAUAUGAAUAACAUCUCGCCGUCGCCUCGAGCACCGGAAAUCGGCAUUGACUACAGUCAGUUUCAACGAUCGUAUAUUAACCCGCUGCAGCAUCAUGCGUCUACUUCUAGUGAUACGGCGACUAGCAGCCUCUUGCUCCAGCAGUUGCUGAAAGAUGCUGAAUAUAUGCUGCAUCUGAACGCAUACUCAUCGCUUACAAGUCUUAUCGCCGAGAAUCGGCAGCUGCACAGAAACAACGGCGCGGUGGCUAAUCUGCCGGUGGUGAGACAACAGCAGCAACAAACCAACAACGCGCUGCGUAACCGCGGGAAUAAAAGGAGGUACAGCGCUCCAGGAGGCCCCACGCCAACCACCAUGGACACCCCGAAGGGAUCGUCGAGGAUAUCGCACAGCCUCUCGCCGAUUGCGGAGAAAUCGUGGUCCGGCAGCAUUUCCCAGGUGAAUAAUGAAACUUCCCCCGUGCCGUCAACCUCGGCGAAUAACUCCGAUGUAGUCGCGUCUAUUCCGUACCCCAGAUUACCGGAAAAGAAUGAAAAAUCUAACGUUGUAAUACAUACUAUGCAACAACGACAACUGCAGCAAGCAUUAUCCGCGCGAAUGUGUAACGUAGGGGAAGAAGUAAUAUCCAGUAACGCGAUGAGCAAUAACGUUAAUAAUAUCGAUCACAUUGACGAUGAAACCACGAAUCGAUCUUCCAAUUCUUUGCCGCCGGAAUUUUCAGAAGUGCAAGCGUGUUGCACUAAACUAAUAGAGUGGUUGCAAAAUUACGGCUCGCCUAUAUGUACAUUUCAGCAGGUAAUUCAGUUAAAAACUAUUUUGAAUGGUAUGACCAAUUGGGCAAAAUCGGUACCAGCGGAAAAUGCAAGCGAAUAG